AUGUCGCACCUCCCGCGCCUCAGACCCCUAACCCGCCUCCUCCUGCGCCCUCAACGCCCUCACAACCCCCACCUUCGCCCCCUACCAACCCUCACAACCCCCACCAUCCACUCAAAACCUCAAACGCGCACCCUGCGCUCCGCAACCGCCACCUCCGCCACAGCAACAACAGCAACAACAUCCCCCCAAAACAUGCCCCCAAGCCAAGCAACCCCCGUCCCCAACGAAGCAUACGAAAUUACCCAGGCCGAAACCCAGCUCACCACGCAACCGCUCCUCCAGGCCCUCCGCUCCGACAAAAGCUACACCGAAACCCGGCCGCACCUGUCCAUGAUCCCCACGCACCGCGCCUCGCACUUCGUCGCGGGCACCCUCUCCGGCGCCCACAAAGUCACCGUCCCGCCGUACGUCUUCACGCGGACCAAACCAACCCACAAAAACCAACCCCCACCGAACGAAUCAACCCACCAACCGGCGCAAGCAACGCAACCGCAAGCACUAGCGCAAACCAUCUCCCUCUUCCACCUGGGCACGACCCUCAACGGGCACCCGGGGUACGUGCACGGCGGCCUGCUGAGCGUGAUGUUCGACGAGACGUUCGCGCGGUGCGUGGCGGCCUCCUUCGCCAGCGGGGUGGGGAUGACGGCCAACCUGAGCGUGGAUUUCCGGAAGCCCGCGCGGCCGGACCGGGUGUAUGUGCUGCGUGCCGAGACGGUGCGGGUCGAGGGCCGGAAGGCGUGGGUGGAGGGGUCGCUGACUUCGUUGCCUCCUGCGGGUAGUGUCUCCGAGGAAGAAGGGACGAUGGUCGCGGAGGCGAGGGCGUUGUUUGUUGAGCCGAAGUUUGCGGAGUCUAUGGUGCCGUUGUAUCGGAAUUGA